UCAAGGCCAUAUCAACAUAUGUCAGCUGAGAUCAGGUUUGUUUACUAUAGGAUAUCCGUAGUGGAGUGUUCUAUGUGACUGACGUUUCGUCUACAGCUACGAUGAUCUGAUGUUGAUGUUUGCAAAUCUUCUUAAAGUGAUGUGAUAGUGCAGACCAUCAUGUCUAAAGGUGAUGGGGAUGACUGGAAAGGAAGGCUUGGUAUAGAGCUACCAGAAUAUCUAGAGUUAUCGGACUCGGAUUCUGAAGAAGAAAGCAAACAUGACCGCAGGCGAAGGAGUGGUGGCAGUGAUGAAGUGGCUGAAACAGAGACAGAAACUUUUGAAAGUUUGGACUCCUUCUCACAGGAAGAGGAGGAACUUGCACGUUAUAUGAAAGAUUUUAGUGAACUGGGCAGAACUCCUCCUCGCACAUCUAGAUUACGACGACAGAAAGAGAGAGAUGCAUACUGUUUGCAGGCAAAGGAAGCAGCAAAGACUAUCAAAGCAACUCUUAAAAGGCGUAAUACCUCUGAGAGAUUUCUCUCCCUUCCAGGAUUAUCGGAGGAAACCAUCAGAGAAUCAUUUCUGUUACGAGGAUCCAUUAGUAUGUGCAAUUCUCCAGAGAGAACUCGCCAGCAGUACAAAGAGCAGAAGCGUUCAAAAGACCGUCAAAGGAGUCAGGACAGAGAAUGGAAAAUAAAGCAAAUUGAACCUAGUACAAUUACCCAACUUUUAUCGACACUGGGUGUUUCAGGAGAAUUGGAUGAUCGCUCAGAAAGCUUGCCACCACUCUCACCGGCUGUCAAGGUUGAUUCCAAGUCCCGAUAUAUGAGUGUAUCAUGUCGUAAACUAAGUGAAGAUGAUGGGUAUGAACUUUCACUGUCUAGUCGUAAAAUCUCAACUGCUGAGCUUCCUCAGGACCGUGUUAGCUAUUUUCACCAGUUACAAAGUAUGGUUAAAAGUGGCACUCAAGAAGUUAUCACUCAGAGGCAGAGGAGUGAAGAAGAAGUUCUUUAUCAUCAGGAGCUGCAUGAAAUGCUUUGGCUUGAAUUACAGGCAUGGCAUGUAAAUUUGGAUUCAAAUAUGUAUGAUAUACAUCUCAUUGCUCAGAGACAAGAGGUGUAUGAUAUUAUCCAAGAAGUACUAAGCUUUAAAUUUGACCCCAAUUAUUCUGAGAAAAAUCAGGAACAUAUAGAGGCUGCAGCAAGUGAAGUUAAGAUUUCCACAUUAGAUGAAGCAGUGAACGCAGGAGACCUCAAGAUUAGAGGUGUUUCUGUGUCAGCCACUGAUGCAACAGAUGGGGUGGGAAUGAGCACUAUGGUUGGAGGGGAGGAAGAAUGCAGUGGUUGUCUCUCCAUUUGGUGUAAAGUAUGUCAGGAUAGACAGACUGAAGGGUUGUCACAAGUGGCUAAAAUUCUAAAGAAACUGGAUUAUGUGGAAUCAUUGUUUCCUUCCACAAAAAAACUAGAAUUUCAUUACCCUGAGUGGGAACAGCCAGAGUUUGUUGGGAGAUACAAGGCCCUUUGUGUUUGGUAUAAUGCUACUGUUCAGUUAAGAAUGAAAAUAGAAGUUUUAGGAAAACUUUUAGGAAAUAUGACAAGUGCACUUAUACCCUGGCCCACCUUCAAUACUAGUGUUGGUGAAUCCACAACUCCAACUUCGAGCUAUGAUUCUGGCGCUCCUUUACCAGCACCUUCUGAGGAAAUUUCACCCGAGAUAGAAAUAGUGCAACCAAAGACAUCUGUCCGCUUUUAUGUAGAAAGUGAUGCUUGCUCCAACCCAUCAGACUCAAAUAAUUCCACAGACUCAGGUCACACAACUACUAGUACCAACAGUGGUCUCCUAAUGCCACCCGGACAUUCUUCAAUUCCUCCUCCUGGUGGACUUCGUCGAUGUCUCAGCGACAUUUUUAUUGAAGCAAAUCCUUAUAGACUGUUUGUACAAGAACAUUUUCAUGAAGGAUGCACAGGAUAAACUAGCAGUUCAAGA